ACCAUGAGACUGCGGACACAGUACAGGGGAUGACCAGAGACUGCGGACAGUACAGGGGAUGACCAGAGACUGUGGACAGUACAGGGGAGGACCAGAGAAUGCGGACAGUACAGGGGAUGACCAGAGACUGCGGACAGUACAGGGGAUGACCAAGAGACUGCGGACAGUACAGGGGAUGACCAAGAGACUGCGGACAGUACAGGGGAUGACCAAGAGACUGCGGACAGUACAGGGGAUGACCAGAGACUGCGAACAGUACAGGGGAUGAUCAGAGACUGCGGACAGUACAGGGGAUGACCAGAGAAUGCAGACAUAGUACAGGAGUUGGUCAGGGACUGCAGGCAUAGUAAAGGAGUUGGUCAGAGACUUCAGGCAUUGUACAGGACUAUGGUCAGAGACUGCAGACAUAGUACAGGAGUUGGUCAGAGACUGCAGGCAUAGUAAAGGAGAUGGUCAGAGACUGCAUACAUGGGAUGGUCAGAGAC